GCACUCGGUGUCACGACAGGAGGAGACUCCGCAGGCCCUGCUCCCGGCCCCACCCCCCUGUCGCGGUGCUCUGAGCCCCCCGCCCCAGCGCCCCCAGCCGCGGGGCCACUCGCCCAGACUCCCACCGAACUUUUCCGCCCUGGGCUCGAGAUCUUGGACUCAGGGGUUUCCCAUCCUGGUUCCACCUCGACCUCUCCCUGGACUAGACGCGAGCAGCCCUCCUCCCCGCGGCCCUCCCUCUCUCUCCAGCCUUUCUGGGGAGGGGCUCUCCACGCUCCCGGGAGUUCCCGAGGGUCACCAGCGCCGCGCUCGCCUUUCUAUCUCGCCUUCACCUGGAUAUAAUUCCCAAGCGGAGCUGCCCCCAGGAUGACCACGCUGGCCGGAGCUGUGCCCAGGAUGAUGCGGCCGGGCCCCGGGCAGAACUACCCGCGCAGCGGGUUCCCGCUGGAAGUGUCCACUCCCCUCGGCCAGGGCCGGGUCAACCAGCUUGGAGGUGUAUUUAUCAACGGCAGGCCGCUGCCCAACCACAUCCGCCACAAGAUCGUGGAGAUGGCCCACCAUGGCAUCCGGCCCUGCGUCAUCUCCCGCCAGUUGCGCGUGUCCCACGGCUGCGUCUCUAAGAUCCUGUGCAGGUACCAGGAGACGGGCUCCAUCCGUCCCGGUGCCAUUGGCGGCAGCAAGCCCAAGCAGGUGACAACGCCUGAUGUGGAGAAGAAAAUUGAGGAAUACAAAAGAGAAAACCCGGGCAUGUUCAGCUGGGAAAUUCGAGACAAAUUACUGAAGGACGCGGUCUGUGAUCGAAACACAGUGCCCUCAGUGAGUUCCAUCAGUCGAAUCUUGAGGAGUAAGUUCGGGAAAGGGGAAGAGGAGGAUGUCGAUUUGGAGAGGAAGGAGGCGGAGGAGAGCGAGAAGAAGGCGAAACACAGCAUCGACGGCAUCCUGAGCGAGCGAGCCUCGGCGCCCCAGUCGGACGAAGGCUCCGACAUCGACUCGGAGCCCGACCUGCCGCUCAAGAGGAAACAGCGCAGGAGCCGCACCACGUUCACGGCCGAGCAGCUGGAGGAGCUGGAGCGCGCCUUCGAGAGAACCCACUACCCUGACAUCUACACCCGGGAGGAGCUGGCGCAGAGGGCGAAGCUCACCGAGGCCCGAGUACAGGUCUGGUUCAGCAACCGCCGUGCACGAUGGAGGAAGCAAGCUGGGGCUAAUCAGCUGAUGGCUUUCAACCAUCUCAUUCCGGGGGGGUUCCCCCCCACCGCCAUGCCCACCCUGCCAACAUACCAGCUGUCGGAGCCCUCGUACCAGCCCACUGCCAUUCCACAAGCCGUGUCGGAUCCCAGCAGCACGGUUCACAGACCUCAGCCGCUUCCCCCGAGCACUGUCCACCAAAGCACUCUUCCUUCGAACCCGGACAGCAGCUCUGCCUACUGCCUCCCCAGCACCAGGCAUGGAUUUUCCAGCUAUACAGACAGCUUUGUGCCUCCGUCCGGGCCCUCCAACCCCAUGAACCCCGCCAUUGGCAAUGGCCUUUCACCUCAGGUAAUGGGACUCCUGACCAACCACGGCGGGGUGCCCCAUCAGCCCCAGACCGACUACGCUCUCUCGCCUCUCACUGGGGGCCUGGAACCUACCACCACGGUGUCGGCCAGCUGCAGUCAGAGACUAGACCACAUGAAGAGCUUGGACAGCCUGCCAACAUCUCAGUCCUACUGUCCACCCACCUACAGUACCACAGGCUACAGUAUGGACCCUGUCACAGGCUACCAGUAUGGGCAGUAUGGACAAAGUGCCUUUCAUUAUCUCAAGCCAGAUAUCGCUUGGUUUCAAAUUCUUUUGAACAUGCUGGACAAGAGCCGUGGAGAAAAGGAAGACCCAGGACGAUAA